AUGCCGUUGGACUUGUCGCUGUAUCUCGUCACAGACUCGACCCCGGCUAUUCUCAAGGGGCGAGACUUGUGCUGGGUUGUGGAAGAGGCACUCAAAGGAGGUAAGACUGCAGGAAUUGACAUCUUGGCUUUAUGUCUGCUAAUCUCGGUAGGCGUGACGGUGGUGCAAUAUCGCGACAAGACCAACGACACCGGCGUCCUGGUUGAGACAGCCCGAAAGCUGCACCAGAUCACUCAGAAAUACAAUGUCCCACUUUUGAUCAAUGACCGAGUCGAUGUCGCUGUCGCUGUUGGGGCUGAGGGCGUGCAUCUGGGUCAGGAUGAUAUGAGUUUAAAGCUUCUUCCUGCCAAUGCCAUUGUCGGCAUCAGUGCCUCUUGCCUGGAGGAGGCCAAGAAGGCCAUCGCAGAUGGAGCCGACUAUCUCGGAGUUGGCACUAUGUUUGCUACGCCAACCAAAACCAACACCAAGUCUGUUAUUGGAACAGCGGGUACUCAGGCCAUCCUCGAUGCCAUUAGCGAUGCCUCAGUCGGCACCGUCUCCAUUGGUGGGAUCAACCACGGCAAUGCUCAGCGGGUGAUCUACCAGUCUCAGUCUCCGAAGAAAGGGCUAGACGGUGUUGCUAUUGUCAGUGCUAUCAUGGCAGCAGACGACCCCAAGGCUUCUGCAGAGAAGUUCAUUCAGCUGAUCAAGACUCCUCCCCCAUUUGCAUUGACCCCGAAAACUGCUCGUGCCAACGAGGCCGAUGCCUUGGUCCAGGAGGUGCCCCAUAUCGUGCGCAAGAUGGUUGAGGUGCAUCCGCUCGUCCAUAACAUGAUCAACUUUGUGGUGGCGAAUUUUGUGGCAAAUGUCACUCUAUCGAUCGGUGCCUCUCCUAUCAUGUCGCCGUAUGGCGACGAAGCAACCGACUUGUGUCAGUUUGACGGCGCUCUUCUGAUCAAUAUGGGGACUCUGACCAGCGAGAGUGUGUCCAACUACCUGAAAGCCAUCAAGGCAUACAAUGAACGGGGCAACCCGGUCGUGUAUGACCCGGUGGGCGCGGGUGCGACUCACAUUCGCCGCACGGCAGUGACUCAAUUGAUGAGUGGUGGCUACUUUGAUCUAAUCAAGGGCAAUGAGGGCGAGAUCAGACAGGCAUGGGGUAGCAGCGGAGUCCGACAGCGCGGUGUCGACAGUGGGCCGAGUACCCUGGACAAGCAGCAAAAGGCAGCCUUGGCUCGGGACCUGGCUCGGAGAGAGCGGAAUGUUGUUCUGCUGACUGGGGCCACCGACUACGUGAGUGAUGGCGAGCGAGUCAUUGCUGUUGACAAUGGCCAUCCCUACUUGGGCCAAGUGACCGGGACCGGCUGUGCCAUCGGGACUAUCUCCGGCUGCUUCCUCACUGCUCACCGCAGCGACAAACUCCUGGCCGUUCUUUCGGGCAUCCUGAUGUAUGAAAUCGCAGCCGAGAACGCCGCCGCCAAAGAAUAUGUUCGCGGGCCCGGCAGCUUCGUCCCGGCCUUCCUUGACGAGCUCUAUGUGAUCCGCACAGCAGCUGGAAAGGGGGACGAUAGCUGGUUUGCUGGCCGAGCGAAGAUCCAGGAGGUGAAGCUGUAA